AUGUUUUUUCUAUCUUCUAUCUAUCUUUCAUCCUUGCAAUCCACUCUCCUCUCUCUGAUACUCUCUCCUCUAGAUCUCCCUUCAUUCUCUACCUCCCUUCUCUCUGUAAACCCUAAGCCAUCGCCACCUCCCUUCUCUCUAGCACGUGCUAGGGUUUUAUCUUCUUCCAAGCUUCCGCUUCUCUCAUUUUAUCUCAACCCAGUUGAAGAUCAGAAAUCAAAGGUUGCAAGUCAGAUUUUUGAUCGAAAGUCAGAGGUUCAAGGUACGAUCGGAAGCAUCAGAAUGCGGAAAACAAAAACGGAGGAGGCAUCAGCUACAAGCACUUAUGAUAGUGGAAGUAUUGAUGAAGAUGGUGUUGAUAUGAAUAAACAUGAAGAUGAGGCUAUGAGAAGAAAAAUGGAGCUUGAAGCUAAAGAAAGGAAGCUUGAAGAAACAUUGAAAUAUCAAAGAAGCAUUGAAGAUGAAGCCAAACAAAAACAACUUGCAAAACAACAACAUAAAAGUAACUCAAGAGUACAAGUUUUUGAUGUUUUCAAGAAUCAAACAAAUGGGCAUGUGGAAGAUGCUUCUAGAAAUAUUAAAGUAGAAGAUGUUGAUGAAAAAAGAUUCCAAGCUGACCUGUCAAAAGUCGUCCGACAAAGCCUUGAUUAUUCUGCUGGAAACUUCUAUGAUGAUGGAAGACAAGCUAUAAAAGAUAUUCUCAGUAGAGGUCAUGUCCCAAUAGUUACUGGAGGAACUGGAUUAUACUUAAGAUGGUUUAUAUAUGGGAAACCAGCUGUCCCAAAGGCAACACCAGAGAUUACUUUAGAAUUGCAACUGUUGAAUCUUUACCUUCCAAUGAUUGGUAUCAAUUACAUCAUAAUGAAUCUUUUAGAAAAACCACUGGUAAGAAUAUCCAACUCGUGGCCAACUUUGGUAACGCCUGACAAAGGACCAGAUCAAAGCACUUCAAAAGGAAGAUGA